AAGACGACUAAGUAAAGAUAGGCAUAUGCUUUGACACCGAUAGUUUAUUGCUGCAGACCGAAGCACAGAGCCUAGAGAGACUCAACCACUCUCUUGACUACAUUACGAGUGGGCGGUCACAAUGAAGAUUGUCUUACUUUUAUUCAACGACCACAACGACGAUGGAAAGCACGUGUUAUUGUUUACAAAACAAAUUCAUGACAUUUAACCUGACAUUUCACAAUUUCAUUGUUUUUCAUCAUUCUCAGUUUAUUGCUUACCUUUCUAUAUAUGCUCAGCAUUCGAGCCAGUGCCGUGUCAGGGUAUGCUAAGAUCAUAAACAGACGUUACACAGUGACAAUCAUGAGUCAAUCUGUGUAUUUCUUAGAAAAAACACAGAAAAAUCCUUGGCAAAAAAUGUCAAAGCCAAAGGUUGUGUCUGAUUCUGAUCAUUCUGAUAAAGUCCCAGCAGAUGCAGUAAAAAUGGAUUCUCCUGCAAAAAGACUUGCUUCAGAAAUCAAGAAAAGGGUGAAAAGGUUUGAUGAGCCGAUAACCGAUCUGACUGAUGUUGGUGUCGGGAGCAGGACAAGACAACAGAAACGAGCCCAUGUUUCUGUCGCGUAUGAACAACUUCCUACUGAUGCUGAUGACAAAAAGCAAAUAAAAAGGGGAAGAAUCAUUGAAGCUGAAGCAUCUGAUCCCACUUCUACGGAUCAGUCAAAAGAGAUUGCGCCAAAAGCAAUGGCAAAAAAGAAAUCAAUCUCUCCCAGGGUGCCUCCUGGCUGGAAGUUGCAGUACGAGAAUAUCCUUGAAAUGAGGAAGUGUCGUGAUGCACCAGUUGAUUCCAUGGGAUGUGAAAGAAUUGCUGAUGUGAACGAGAGUCCAAAGGUUUUCCGCUAUCAAACUUUACUUGCCUUGAUGAUGUCAAGUCAAACAAAAGACGAGGUUACGUCAGCUGCCAUGUCAAGACUUCAGGCCCAUGGGUGUACCAUCGACCACAUACUGAAAACCUCUGACAAACAGCUUGGGGAAUUGAUUUCACCUGUUGGAUUUUGGAAGAGAAAGGCUGAAUACAUCAAGAAAACAUCAUUGAUAUUGAAAGAGAAGUAUGACUAUGACAUACCAGAUAACAUUGAAGAAUUAUGCCAACUUCCUGGUGUUGGCCCCAAGAUGUCAUACCUUACAAUGACAUGUGCCUGGGACAAGUGUGUUGGCAUAGGUGUAGAUGUCCAUGUUCACAGAAUAUCCAACAGACUUGGAUGGGUAAUGACAUCCAAACCAGAGCAGACUAGGGAAGCUCUUGAGGGUUGGCUGCCCAGAGAUUACUGGAAGGAGGUAAACUACAUCUUCGUAGGAUUUGGUCAGCAGACGUGCAAGCCUCUGUAUCCAAUGUGUGCAACAUGUCUGAACAAGGAUAUCUGUCCACAUGGCAAGAAAGAGCUUAAACACAAGAAAAAGAAGUGACUCUGCAAGAACAAGUGGUGCUUAGGCUUGAAAUAUUGCAUUUAAAGGACUCGGCUGUUGGGAUAUUGAUUUGUAUGGGCAGUACAUAGACUGGUAACCUUGGAAUGAUCCGAUUUUGUAGAACUUGUGAUGUUCGCAUUCUAAACUGUCAUCUUGUGAAAGUAAAAAUUUCAAAUCUUUGAUGUGACCUACGUCCUGGCCAGGUGUGAAAUGAAUCAGCAUUUAUAAGUUGAGUAUAUCUAGAGUUUGUUAGUGUCUGAAAUGCAAUAAUAUUGAUACAACUGUAGGCAAGAGAUUCAAUGUAGCAACAUUUUUGGUAUACAUACCUCACAGAAGUGGUAAUCAAUA